AUGGAGAGCAAUAUGGUUGUUAAGAGCUCCAUUAUUCACAGUGGUGCCAAGGGCUCCAUUAUUCACCGUGAUGUUAAGAGCUCAACCAUGUUAUUGGAUGAGAAAAUGGUGGCCAAGGCUUCGGAUUUUGGGUUGUCAAAAAUGGUUAUGACCAACACGUUCAAAACGCACAUCAGCACGGUGGUGAAAGGUAGUUUCGGGCCAGCUCUGCUGCAGACGGUUGAGACUAGGCAAACCAACCUCGCUAAGUGGGCCAAGAGUUGUCAUGAAGACGAGACACUUGACCAAAUCAUUGACCCAAAUGUGAAGGGUAAGAUUGACGUCGAGUGCUUGAACAAGUUCGUUGAGAUUGCUAUAAGUUGCUUACAUGAUAAAGGAAUCGAAUGA